UGUAGAUGUUCAUAGCUGACCUAAUGCUUCUGUAAUAUGUAGGUUCCUACCAUGUAUACCCGACUUAUACAAGGUUACGAAUCAAUGGAUAUGGAGCUGCAGUCUGCUUCUGCCUUUGCUGCAAAACAGUUGCGCCUUAUGAUGUGUGGCUCAUCUGCACUUCCUCAGCCAGUUAUGCAACAGUGGGAAACUAUCACAGGACAUCGGCUUUUGGAACGGUAUGGCAUGACAGAGUUUGUCAUGGCGAUAUCAAAUCCCUUAAAGGGUGCACGAAAGGCAGGCACUGUUGGCAAACCAUUCCCUGGAGUGGAGGUUCGUACGGUCAAGAUUGAAGAAGAUGAAAGUGAAGGUGAUAAAAGUGGAGUAGGUGAGCUCUGUGUUAGAAGCCCAUCAUUGUUUAGUGAAUACUGGAGACUGCCUGAAGUAACUAAGGAAUCAUUUACUGAUGAUGGUUUCUUCAAGACUGGAGAUGCUGGUCGAGUGGAUGAGGAUGGAUACUACAUCAUUUUGGGACGUACGAGUGCUGACAUUAUGAAGGUUGGUGGAUAUAAAUUAUCUGCCUUAGAAAUUGAAUCUGUUCUUCUAGAGCAUCCAGUUGUUGUCGAAUGUUGUGUAUUGGGCUUACCAGACAAGGAUUAUGGAGAAGCGGUGACUGCAAUAAUUGUACAAGAUGCAGCAGCAAAGAAAACACGAGAGGAAGAAUUGAAGUCUGCUAUAACCUUGGAGGAACUUUGCAUCUGGGCUAAAGACAAACUUGCACCAUACAAGCUACCAACCCGUUUGUUGAUUUGGGACUCAUUGCCUCGCAAUGCUAUGGGAAAGGUGAAUAAGAAGGAGUUGAAGAAAUCGUUGACUGGUCAAUAAUGAUUAGUCAUUAGAUGGGACGUAAAACACUCAAUGUUGUGAUCUUGAAGUUCAAAAUGAAGGUAGGGAAUCUUUGAUGUUUUCAUUCUAUAUUUUCUUGCGCCAAUUGUUGAAAACAUCGAUAGAUAAAUAGAGUAUUUUGAGCAAUCUAGUCCUACAUAAUUUAUGUCCCUGUUUGAACAGAAGUAGUCUUCCAAUUCUUUGUGAUUGGGGUCUGAUUCAAUAUUGUAUGUGUAUGACUUUGAACGAGUGAUGGGAUUCACGAGGCAAAUAAUGAAAUAAAAGAGAAAUUUGUUAAAGUUGUUAAUUACUA